UUUAAGUCCUAGUUAGUUAACUGCUAACUAAGUAUAGUUAAUACUCCAGAACUACGCCAGAUGAUACAAAAAAGCUCGGACCAUCGCAAUAUGGAUACAUCCACCGAUUUAUUCGUGAGCGUUCUUUUAAGUAAACAGGACUAACUAAUAUUAGGUCUCCCUGCUAACUUAGGCCAUCUCUCCACGUUUUAGUUCCGUAUGGGCAUGUUUGGGGACGAGUCUCGCAUGCUUAGCCCACGCAAUUAUGGUAGCAUCAAUGGUACAGGAUUCAGCUCUUUGAACGAACCGGCGAUGAUAAGAGACCGUUCAUGAACCACUCCAGCGAUGCGGGGAAUAUUCUGACACUGCUCAUUGCGCACAUCCAAUGAUCCAAGAUGCCGAUAUGUAUUGAAUGCCGAUACCCCAUUAAUCAGCUGUACACGAGCUACAGCAAAGCCGACGAUCGAUCGCUAGGCAAAGGCGUUCGAUUGACGCAAUGUCCACGGUGCAAGCGGUUCGCGGACAAAUACGUGGAGCAUGACUUUGUAGUUCUGUUCAUUGAUAUGGUGUUGAUCAAGCCUCAGGUCUAUCGACAUCUACUAUUCAACCGCCUUGGACGAGAAGAUGACAGGCUUGAUCCCUCCAUCUCCCGCCUCUCCAUCCUCCUCUUGCUCUUCGACGUCUACCUCACCUGGGCCCGAAUUGAAAAGUCCAGCUUGCCCGCCACCUCCGUCCUCUCCACCCAGCCGCUCGUCGUCCAAUACCUUUUCUUCCUCCUCCUAUGCACCCUCUGCACCCUCGCCUUCCAUUUACCCAUCCGCUCUCUCUGCUCCUACCGACCACCUCGUCCCGUCCCCACUCCGGCCCCCGUCUCCUCUCCGUCGUCGCCAUCGCCAGCCCCAUCGCCUUCCACGCACCUCUUCCCCCACUUUCCCUACACCAACCGCAUCAGCACGGCGCUAUUCGUCAGCAGCUGCACGAAGCUCUUCCCGAUCUUGCUGAUCAUCUGGGACUACGAUCUCCCGAGCAGCGCGAGCGCGGUCAGCUGGGCGGUCAUCGUGAACAAUGUCGCGGCGCUGGAGAUCUUGAUGGAUUGUGGGUACGUGCGAGCGGGGAUGCUGGUGGCCAUCGGCGCGGCGUGCCGGGCCGCCGUGUCGUGGGUGGUCUUGAGUGCAGUAGGGUUGGGGGAGAAAGCGACGGG